AUGGUCAUCCAGACUUCUCUCUCCUCAUCCAGCAUCAGCACCAGCUUCAGCAUCCAAGACUCCAACCAGCCCACCUUCAAACACUUUCACUUCUCUCUUCGAAGUCAAACUUCCUACCCUCAAAUCAAAAUGCAGUUCUCCAAGACCCUCGCUAUCCUCGCCGCCGCCGUGGCCGUCAGCGCUGCUCCCUCUCCCAACGGCUCCACCAGCCCCAAGUGCACCAACGACAACUCGAAGCAAGUCUGCUGCGACGGCCUGCUCGGCGGCAUCCUCUGCACCGUCUCCAUCCUCGGCGGUUCCUGCUCUGGCAGCUCCUACUGCUGCGAGACCAACAGCGCUGUCGGUGCUCUUAUCAACAUCAACGCUCUCAACUGCGUCAAGCUCGGCUAA